AUGAAUUCGACCUUACAACACUUAUGUCUUGGAUCAGAUAAGCUUGGAGAUGAAGCUGUGAAAGUCUUGUGCACUGGUUUGGCUCGGAAUCCGCACUCGGGACUACAGAAUUGGGACUUGGAAUUCAAGUCACUUGGCGUCGAUGGAGCAUCGGCCAUUGGAGAGCUGCUUGCAAUUAACAACGUACUGACGACGUUGACGUUGUCACGUAAUCAGAUUGGAGACGAAGGCAUGAAAAAGUUGACAAAAGGGUUGAGUGACAAUGUGGAGACGAAAAUGACGGAGCUGAAUGUGACGGAUGUAGGCAUUUCUGGAACUGGACUGGACCAUUUAGCAGCCUUGAUAGCAAGCGACAAGUGUUCAUUGACGACGUUGCAGCUGUCAUUUAAUUCGUUGACCGGUGCAACGUCUGCAUUUUUUGAUGCGCUGGCAAAGAACAAGUCGGUGAAGAAGCUGCAGUUGAAAGAGUGCAAGUUGAUGGAGAAACACGUAGCUGCAUUUGCUUGUGCAUUGAAACAAAACUCGACGUUGAGAGAGAUUGAUCUGUCGGACAAUGAACUGACUACAAUUGCGUGUGCUUCGCUGGCAGAGGGGCUUCGUGACAAUACGACCUUAGAGAUUCUACGUCUUAGUAACAACAGGUGCCAGGAUGACGGUGCUGUACUUCUUGCAGAGGUAUUGGCGACGGACAAUAUGACGCUUAGAUAUCUUGAUAUGAGCAAUAAUGGACUCACAAGCAGCAGUAUGACGUUGCUAUUGAAAGCCAAGUCCAUCACGCAGUUGCACCUGUUUAACAAUAAGCUUGGUGACGGUUUGAGUGAGGUGUUGCCUGUAUUAUUGACCAACUCGAUCAUUGAAACCUUAGGCGUGGGUGUCAACCAGCUGCAUGAAGGACUGAGCGUCAUGCUCUUCGAUGCGCUACAUACGCACCCGUCCCUUAAGACACUCGAGAUGGGAGGCAACACGCUCGGCAAAGAAGGACACGCAGCUCUUGACAAGCUGAAAGAGGCUAACAGUACGCUGGAUGUUGCAGUUGACAGAAAUGCGCAGAAUGAGGAUGGCAGCUUCGACUUCCAAAAGUAG